CUCUGAGGAAAUUGAUGAAGCAAGGGAGCAGCAGCAGACGGGUAGCCCUUGCAGGGAAGUCGAGAUCUCAUUGAACACAAUCGUCACUUGUGUUCUCUGGCCUAACAGGCCUCCAUAGCACCUCCUGUGAUAGAGGCUCCAUUAGAAGUUUGGGCCACGCAUUUUUUUCCGUAAGAAAGCUGUUACCUUCGUCCGCGAGUGCGGCCCGACGAGUCGACCGCCCUAGCUCACGUCCCAGCGCUGUCACUGCCGGGUCGACUGCUUCCACUCCCCCACUCCCUUCCCGUCGCAUGACCUAGCGUCGCCAUGGCGCCGACGCUAGCGAAGCGAUGGCAGCGCAUGUUCUCGACGUCGCACAGCCAUCGGUCGCCCGGCCAGGAGCACCACCACGACGACCAGCCCUGCGCGCCGCCAUGGGCCAACCACCCGCCGCCGCUCGGCCGCCGCGCGAGCCUACCGGACCGCGGGUACACGUCGCCGCAGCCGCACCACGAGCAGUCCUCUCCUUUCCAGCCGUCGCCGCACCACCAGGCGUCCCCUCACCACCAACAGUCGUCGCAUCACGCGGUGCACGGCGCGUCGCCGCAACACCCGCACCAACACCCACACCAGCAGCAGCAGCUCCAGCAGCAGCGCGGGCUGAAGCACAGCACGUCGCGCACGUCGCUCGACGGCGCGGACGACGACCGGCCGCCUGGCGCGACCGGCGCGGGCGGCGCGGGCGGCGCGGAAAUGGUGUCGGUGAAGCUGGUGAAGUCUGAUUGGCUGGAGAUCGUGAACGCGCUCGAGUCGGCUUCCAGCAGGUGUGAGCACUGCGGGGAGCCUUCCCCCUCCGCGCCUCCCGCCGUCUCGCUGCCCGCCACGCAGCGCCUCUUCGCGCAGCUCAAGGCGCGCAGCACCAGCGGCCGCGUCGCGGGCGCAAACGAGGACGUGCUCGGGCCGCUCUCGACCGCGCGCUCGCAGUCGUCGCGCGAGGGCAUCGGCAUCGGCGGCGGAGCCGGCGUGGGCGGCACGGCCGGCAGCUCGACCGGCUCGCCGUUCGGCCUGACGUCCAGCGACAGCGCGUCGACGUCCUCCCGGCGGCGGUCACUGAACCUUCCCCGCGCGCGGGAGAACGAUGCGGAGCUGCCCUCUAGCGGCCCGCUCGGCCAUAUCCAGCCGCGCGACGUGUUUGGCGCCGCCGGCAACCACGGCGCGGGAUGCGGGCCCAACUGCCACGCGGACGCGCACGGCAUGCACGGCGCGAACUCGGAGCUCGGGCCCAUGGCGUGCCCGCAUCUCGCGGGGAUGGGCGGAAACGCGGGGGGCUUGGGGGGGGGUUUCGGGCAGCGGAGCCUGCAACAAGCUUCCGCCAUGGCUCCGACCGCCUAUAGUUGUGUGGAAUCGAUGAUCGGCGGAGGCGGCGGCGGCGGGGGCGGCGGGUAUGGCGGAGGGGUGGGAAUGGAUAGAUUCGGCGGAGUUUCCGCUUCCGCCAUGGUAGCCGCGGCUGGCGCGGGGCUAGGCGGAGGCAGCGGGUUCUCGAACGCGGGGUUUUCGAUGGGCGGGUUUUCGAACGCGGGGUUCUCGAACGCGGGGAUGUCGGGCGUGGGGCGCAUGGGCGUGAGCCCGUCGGAGAUUCUGAACCGCAAGCUGCUGACCAUCAUCACCAAGGCGCACGACCUCUUCUCCAAAGACCAGUCCCCCAACGGCAGCAAGGUGGGCGACUACCUGCUGGCGCAGCUGCUGGAUCUGACCAAGUCCAAGUUCGGAUUCGUGGCGAGCGCGCUCAAGAAACCCGAAGGCACCUACUAUCUCAAGACCCACGGCAUCACCAACUUCGCGUGGACGCGCGAGCUGCGCCUGUGGUACGCGGAGAACGCGCCCUCAGGCCUGGUGUUCUCCAACAUGGAAACCCUAUUCGGCCGCGUGGUCACCACGGCCGACGUCGUCAUCAGCAACGACGUGCCCAACGACCCGCGCGCCGUCGGGGUUCCCCCCGGCCACCAGCGCGUCUCCACCUUCCUCGGGGUGCCGCUCUUCGCGGGCGCGGAGCUGGUGGGCAUGUUUGCGGUGGCGAACCGCAAGGAGGGGUACGAGGAGACGCUGCUGAUGGAGAUCCAGCCAAUGACCAAGACCGUGGCGCAGAUCGUGGCCGCGCUGCAGGAGCGGCGCAGGGAGCGCGAGGAGCAGGAGCGGCUGCGCGCCAUGCUCAAGGGCACGGGGGAUGCGAUCCUGGGCGUGGAUGACAUGGGCGGGAUCAGCUCGCUGAACCGGGCUGCCAGGCUGCUGUUUGGGUUCACGGAUAUCGAGGGGCUGGGGGAUGGCAGUGGGCGGGCGUUUGGGGGGGCGGAGAUGCUGCCGGAGAAUCUGCACGUGGCGGAUCUGUUCAUCAGCGUGGACGGCCGAGAUGACUUCGCCGACCAAGGGCUGGAGGUGUUUGUGUGCGACGGCCUGAGGAUGCCUGCCAUUGGACGGCGGAUUCUGGGCGGCACACUGCUUCUGGAGAUCAUGCUAUCACGGGGCAGCAACCCUGACGUGGCGUAUGUGAUCACAGCCAGGGAGCUCAAGAACAGUGGCCUGGGCGGCACCCACACCCCGCCCACGCUGGGCUCUGGCAGCAAUAGCCUUGCAAGGACUGGCAGCAAGGGGGGGCCCUCUUUCUUGGAGGGCACUGCAAAUGCCAUGGGGGGUGAUGAGUGAUGGCAAGAUAGUGCAUUUUGCGCACACCGUAGACACUAGGGGAAAGACUGGUCCGACUCCUUCAGGUAAGGGAGUCUCCGAAGAGUGAUUUGUACAACUUAUUAAUUCUAGAACAGCUUCCAUAUGUAUUUCAUGAAAACCAUGCAUAAUAUUUAAUUGGCAUU